AAAAGUCAUGGCUGCCCUGCUCCUCCUGCUUCUGCUAAUCUGCAGCACCCCUGCAGUACUUUCUGCUCGUCGUUGUGCUGAUUGUGGAUCUUCUCCUGUUCCUUACCCACUCAGUACCGGCCCCGAUUGCGGUGACCAAUCUUACAAAAUACGGUGCAGUAGCAACAUCCAACCCGAACUUUUCUUCGAUACGCUGAACAAUUCAUAUCCGAUAAGUUCAAUUUCUCCCGAAUUACAAAGACUUACUAUCGAACCAUCACCGUUUUUAUCCAACACCUGCAUCACCCAGGACAUUUCUACCGUAGGUGUUCAAUUGAAUUCUUCUCUUCCUUUCAACAUUACGAGCAGCAACACAAUCAUUUACCUAAACUGUACUCGGUCUUUGCUUUCGUCUCCGCUUAAUUGCUCUUCGGAGAGUUUGUGUCAUACUUACGUGAAUGGAAGUUCUGGAAAUGGAGGUGGUGUUGGCGCGUGUAGGAACGCGCCGAUUUGUUGUACGUUUAGGGCUGGUGGAUCGUCGACGUCGUAUAUGAUUCGGGUUAGGGAAUCGGGUUGUCGGGCUUACCGGAGUUUUGUGAAUUUGGAUCCGUUGUUACCGGUUAGUAGAUGGCCGGAAGCCGGGAUGGAAUUGCAGUGGGUUUCACCACCGGAGCCGGUUUGUACGGGUCAGUCCGAUUGUGAUUCUGAUUCGACCUGUGGACCCGACCCGAAUUUGAAUGGAAGUGUUAACAGAUGUUUUUGUCAUUCCGGGUUUCAUUGGGACCCAAUUGCCGCGUUAUGUGCCCAAGAUGUGACAUGCGAAGAUCGUGAUGGUUGUGGUAGCGACCACACUGCACUCAUAGCAGGUUUGACAUCAGGCCUGGGUGUGGCGGUGAUUGCUGCUGUAAUUGGUUUUUUUGUGUACAGACGUCACAAACGAAUUAAGGAAGCACGAGAUCGACUAACUCGCGAACGGGAAGAUAUUCUAAGCUCUGGUGGUGUUAAAUCUGCGAAGCUAUUUACAGGCAAAGAAAUCAAGAAAGCAACAAACAAUUUCUCUACGGACCGCCUUCUUGGUGCUGGGGGUUAUGGUGAAGUUUACUAUGGUAAACUUGAUGAUGGUACCGUGGUUGCUGUUAAAUGUGCCAAGCUAGGGAAUACUAAGGGUAUUGAGCAAGUUCUCAACGAGGUCAGAAUACUCUGUCAGGUUAACCACAAGAACCUUGUGCGCAUUCUAGGUUGUUGUGUUGAGCUUGAACAGCCAUUGCUGGUUUAUGAGUAUGUCCCGAAUGGAACUGUGAGUGAUCACUUGUAUUUGCAACGCAAACUUCUAACAUGGGAUUGCCGGCUCAGCAUUGCUCAUGCAACUGCAGAGGGACUAGCUUACUUGCAUUUCUCUGCAGUUCCUCCUAUUUACCAUCGAGAUGUCAAGUCUAGCAACAUUUUGCUCGAUGACAAGUUGAAUGCUAAGGUCGCAGACUUUGGUCUUUCACGUUUGGCUCAUACAGACCUGAGUCAUGUGUCCACCUGUGCUCAGGGUACCCUUGGUUAUCUUGACCCUGAGUACUACAGGAACUACCAAUUGACAGACAAGAGUGAUGUGUACAGUUUCGGGGUUGUGUUGUUGGAACUCUUGACAUCCCAAAAGGCAAUAGACUUUGGUCGACCACAGGAUGAUGUAAACUUGGCUAUUUACGUGCAAAGGUUGGUAGAGGAAGAGAGAAUAAUGGAUGCUGUUGAUCCUGCAUUAAAGGUGGGAGCAAGCAGCGUGGAGUUGGAGACAAUGAAGGCACUCGGUUUUCUGGCUGUCAGUUGCUUGGAGGAAAGAAGACAAAGCAGGCCUUCGAUGAAAGAAGUAGCCGAGGAGAUUGAGUACAUAAUCACUAUUGCUACUGCAAAGCAAUAGAAUGACAUGUUUAAAAUGGUAAAUGCAGUAUUUCUUAUUGUGUAAUUUUAUAAGUUGUGAGUUAAAAGCCAGAAAGUAAGGGACAUAAGUAUUAGUAUUACUAAUUUGAUUGGAUCUUCUUCUUUUCAAA